GUUACAUUGUCGUUAAGUUGUUAUUAUAAUUUUUGAGAGAAGAAGCAGCAGCAUUUGAAGAAAACGAAAGAAAAUCCAAAACUACGAAGUCAAAGUCCACCUUUUUUUUGAGAAAAAAUACUUAUCUGAAUUGUAUUGCUUAAAUGCAAAGUUAAAAAAAAAUAUAUGACAAAGGCGUUAUAGAGAACUUUAAACGUGAAUAAAAAGUGAAUUUUGCUGAAACGCGAAAGAAACAAAAAAUUUUCAAAAAGCAAAUAAGCAUAAAUAUUUGAAACAACUUCUUAAAAACAAGUGAAAGUUCGCAUAGCCGAAAGUAAAAAAAAAGUUUUUAAUUUAAUUGAAUUGUUAGUGGCAAAGAAAGGAGUAUAUGAUAGUCGUAUAUACUAUAUUCUUAUGUACAUACUAUUGCUAAAGAAAAAUCGAUCCUGAAAAGCAUUGAACUCAUCCAAGGUGUUCGGUUUCAUACAAAAUUACACGUACUCAAAAACUUUGCGUAAUAAGAAAGUGCAUGCAAAUUUAAAUAAUAAACAUAAAUAAAAAUUGUUAAGUAAAUACACGCUAAUACAAGAAAGGCGGUAAAUAAAUAAACUCCCCGAAAAUAGCGCUAAGCCGAAAGCCAAAGCUAUAAAAUUGCUACGAAAUUGCGUGCAAUCGAUCAAACAACUCGCAUCUGACCAAUAAAUUGAAACUGUCGUUACAUCAGCAAUCAAUAAAUAUUGUAUAAAUAAAUUUGCAAUAUUGUGCUCCUCAUUCAAUUUGCACAAAAAAAAAUAAAUAAAACAGCAGUCGUAGCCACAGCCACAGCCACAGCGAAAAGAACAACAGCAGCCAACCGCCCCUGUCGCUCUAGCAAAGAUGUUGGCAAUGCCGACUCUCAUGAUGCCAGCCACAGCACAAAUGACGAUCAGCAGCCAACCCUUGUCGGUGGGCGCGCCGCAUGCCAAGCCCUAUGAAACCAAAUUGUUAACGAUUCAUCAGUCGCAUAUGCAGCAAACGCAUCAUCAGAAUAAUGCCGUAGUCGCUGUGAGCAAGCAGCAACAACAGCAGGCUCAACAGCAAGCUGCUGCCGCUCAGCAAAUGUCAGCUAAUCAACAGGCUGUUGUUCAGCAGCAACAACAACAGCAGCAGCAGCAGGCCGCACAAGUGGCACAUCAGCAGCAACAAGCCGCUGUUGUGGCCCAACAACAGCAACAACAAGCUGCUGCCGCUGCAGUAGCACAACAUCAUCAACAGCAAGCUGCAGCCGCUGCUGCAGCAGCUGCUUGUGCUGCCCAACAGCAGGCUUGCGUAGCAGUACAACAACAACAACAACAGCAACAGCAACAAUAUCAAAUACAUUCACAACAACAAUCGCCACAACAGGUGAUGAGCAGCAGCUCGCCAAAGCAAGGUGAGUGCGAAAAGAGUUGA